UGACAGGAUCCACACUCGUCAAGCUAGCUAGCCAGCUAAGGCUAGCACAAUGAUUAGCUAGCGUCAUGUUAUUUCAACGGGACGACUUUUUAAUGUUUGAUAUCGUAUUAUGAGAACUAAAUACACAGCCUAGAUUCAUAAUAUAAAGUAGAUGUGUAAACUGUUGGUCAACUUUGUUUAAAAUAUUUCACCGCUGUUAGCCAGCCAGCGCUAUGAUAACACAGUGCCAUGCUAACAUUUUGUAGUUAGCAUGCUAACCACUAGCUGUAACGUAGACGCUAUUAUUAAGCAAGCAGCUAAAACUGGUCAAACAAUUAUUAAUAUGGACUCAUAAAUAAUUUAAUCAAACACGUCUUUAAAAGUAAAAACAACUUAGACUUAGCUGUAAGCCCCAAAAGUAGCUGCUUCGUUGAUUAAAGUGUAGCUCAGUCAUUGUAAGAGAAGCACUGUCUUCUGCUUUUAAUGUUUUAAUGUGUCGAUUGUUUUGGAUUCACAUGUAGUUUGUUGCCUUGCUUUUAUAAUUGUCGAUGACGUUAGAACACUAAAUGUUGUUCACGAGUGUAUACGUGUUUGUGAUGACACCUACUCUUGUUUAAGACUUGAUAAUGUGCUCAAAUGUUUGUAAAUGUCUGCUUCCAGGUCCUUUGACGAUGAAUGAGCAGGAGAGUGGGGUGGUCUCCUUUGAUGAGUAUGUGCGGCAGAAGGCCCGCACUGUUCCUCAGCACAGGAUGAAGGAGUUCCUGGAGUCUCUCGCUAAGGGCCCAGAGGUGCUGCAGGAGUUCAGCCAGCAGGGAGGGGCACCCACCACAACCACCACCACUACAGCCAUGGUGUACCAACAGCAGGGUGCCAAUUGUAUCUACACAGACAGCACAGAGGUGGCAGGCUCUCUCUUAGAGCUGGCUUGUCCGCAGGUACAGGUCACCUCGGCAGGGAUUUCACCUCACAUGGCUGUGCAUCAGGAGUCGGAACAGCAGCUUCAAGUGCAAGUUCAGAUUCAGGAGCAGCAGGGUCACGCAGUGAGCCAGGUUUUUCAGGUGGCUUCUCCCUCCCAGCAGGACCUGCAGGGAAUCCAAGCAGCGCAUCUUGUUCAGCAGGGGGAGCUCACAGAGGAGCAGCAGCAGCAGAUUCAGGCGCAGCUGGUUGCAGCUGUAGCUGGAGGACAACAAAUCCAGCUGUCAAGCGGCCAACAAAUCCAGCAUAUUCAGUUGCCAGGUGGCCAGCAAAUUCAAAUCCAGGCUGGCCAGCAGAUUCAACUCCAGGAUGGCCAGCACAUUCAACUCCAGGAUGGCCAGCACUUUCAACUACAGGAUGGACAGCAAAUUCAUUUACAAGGUGGCCAGCAUAUUCAACUCCAGGAUGGCCAACACAUUCAGCUACAAGGGGGCCAACAGAUCCAGAUCCAGACCAUUGAGGCCAUGUCAUCUUCAGAGCAGCAGGAUUCUGAAAGGAGGUCUAAUGCUAUCUCAACUGUUCUCCAGCCUGCCAAGAAACGUAAGGUGGAUGUCCCUGUAGCUGUGUCAUAUGCCGUAUCGCAGGGCCAGCAGGUGGCCACUGUUCUAGCCAUCCCUCAGGGUCAGCAGCAAAGCUAUGUGUCCCUACGACCAGAUUUGCUCACUGUUGACAGCGCUCAGCUGUACAGCACUACAGGAACAAUCACAGGUCCCACAGGUGAGACCUGGACCAUCCCGGUGUACUCUACUCCCCAGCAGCAGGGUGUUACUCACAUUGCCAUACCACAGGAGACAUACAACACAGUACAAGUUGCCACUACCAAUGGUAAGGAAAAAAUGUCUCCCAGCGCAAGGUCUGCAGAGGUGCAGUCCACCACCACUGGGACACAGGAAGAAAUUGUGCAGACCCUUUUCCCAGCGCAGUUCAUGAAUGGCAACAUUCACAUCCCUGUGGCAGUGCAGACUGUUGGAGGGUCCUACAACACAACACAAUCUGUGCACAUAUGGGACCCAAAUCAACAACAGAUCCAGGGAGAGGAGGGACAAGAACAGCAGCUCCAUCUACAGGGUCACACAGAGAUGGAGGAUAAUGCCGAACCACCCACAGAGAUUCUGGUUCCCAUUUCUCUUAAGCCAGAGGAAGGCCUGGAGGUGUGGCGCCUUUGGGCAAUGCGAAAAAACGCGGAGCUUAACAAGCAGGAAAAGCCAAAGCUUGCACCCAUAGGACGCCGUCAGCCGCUGCGUUUUCAGGAGGACUUGGUGUCCAGCGCCGUAGCUGAGCUAAACCUGGCUCUCUCCCUGAUGACUCAGGAGGCCCGAGGAUCAGAGGAUGAACAGUUUGCAUCCGACGUUCUAUAUUAUGUUUUCUUGUGUAUACAAAAGUAUCUCUUUGAAAAUGGACGUGUGGAUGACAUUUUCUCUGAUCCAUAUUAUACACGUUUUUCUGGGUGUUUACACAAAAUCCUGGAUGGUUGGAAACCGAGUGUACAUCCUUUAGGUUAUAUCAUUCCAAGUCAUGUGACUGAGGAGAUGCUUUGGGAGUGUAAACAGCUGGGUGCACAUUCACCUGCCACACUGCUCACAACUCUAAUGUACUUCAACACAAAGCAUUUCCACCUGGUUACACCUGAACAGCACAUGAAAGUAGCCUUCUCAAAGGUCCUGCGACACACGAGGAAGAACCCCACUAACACCAAGGACAAAGCCACCAGUAUCCGCCUUCUCAGAGUACAGGGUGCACACAACGCAGGGCAGAAAGGGUCUGAUGAAAUGUAUGCAGAGCAGGCCGAAGAUCCUGAGAAUCCUCUUCGCUGCCCCAUUAAACUCUAUGACUUUUAUCUCUUCAAAUGCCCUCAAAGCGUUAAGGGACGCAAUGAUGCAUACUACAUGACUCCAGAGCCUGUGGUGGCACCCAACAGCCCGAUGUGGUACUCGUCUCAGCCUCUGAGUAGUCAGCAGGUGGAGCACAUGCUGGCCCGUAUCAUCGUGGUCCGAGAGAUCCAGGAAAUCCUCAGCGCUGGUCCAUGAGCUUAACAGAGAGAACUUUCAACAUGAACUAAACUGGACUCGUGGACUUCUUCACUAGUACUUCAGUCACUGACUGUAGACUAUGCAGUAUCCACCCUUUUCUCUAUAAACCUCAAUGAACAGCUUCCGAAACAAUCAUCUUUCUGUUAACUGUCAGCAAAGAUUUUUCUCCUCUUAGAUGUUCUUUUUUCAGCUGAUGGGAUGGACAGUUAUUUGUCUACUUUUGUAAGCCAUUGCCUCUGUAACCUUUGAACUGGCUUGUAAGGGGGAACUUUAUCUCUACUGUGCUCCGAUGACCUUCUGGCCUGCUGACCUGCCGGAGGUUGUUAAUUUUCCUGUAAUAGACAGUCUUAUCAAUUGAGGAUAUUUAACCCUCACUGCUUAACCUUACAGACCAUUAUCCACCUUAUUUCUCGUCUGAGUCCCAUGAUACUUUACAUCCUACUGGACAGUUACAGGGGACCACUGCUCAAAACUGUUUUUGUAUACAGACUGACUGCAUUUUGGAUCAUAUAUUGAUAUGUUCAAAACUGAAGAAUCUGUGCCUGUUUUCAAAAACAACGUCAUUGUUUAUGUGGAUCAUUGUGUGAGUUUGAACCUCCAGAUGUUCACAAAGUCAAGUGCUAUAUUGUAGUGAUUCAGGAGAUUGGAAACAUUUCUCUCAGGUCCAAGCUAAUGAUUGAAACCCACCUUGAGGAUUUUUUGCUAACCUGUUCCUAUAUGAGUGUGCAGGCGGUUAUUAAACGGGACAUGCAGAUGGAAACAUCUUUGUUUAGCUAACAGUAUUGAUUCUUGUAUCAAAGCCAUAGAAUGUAUAAAACCUGGAAGUAGUCUCAGA